GGCUGAGAAUCAAUACAGAAUGAUGCUGCAGGAAAGGUUUCAGAAAGCUUUGAGAAUGAAGGGUUUUGCAGUCUUUUUGAUGGCACUAUGCUGCUGUCUGUCUGGGACACAAGGAGACCAUGAGAACCAGAAAGCAUGCUGCCCAUCUGACACUUGCUCUCUGAUGAAAGAACUGACAUCUAUAGCAGAGAAACUCGGAGCCAUGGGGGAGAAACUGGGAACUAUGGGGGAUAACCUGAGACUCAUGGAGACCCGGUUACAAACCAGUGAGAAUGAAGUGGAGGAGCUGAAGAGACUAACUGGAGGUCGGCCUCAGGUGGCCUUCUCCGCAACUCUCUGGCAGACAGGCGAUGCCCCUGGGAACACAGGACCUUUCACCACUCCCAUUCCCCUGAAGUACAAGAAGGUCUUCUCAAACACCGGCAGCUCAUACAACCCUGCCACAGGUAUCUUCACUGCAACAGUCAAAGGAAUGUACUACUUCCAUUUCACGAUGAUGAACAACUUGAACAACCCUCCUAAUUCUGUGGUAUGUUUGACCAAGAAUGGCCAGAGGCUGGUGUCUGUCUGGGACACUGUAGGAACCGAUGCGCACGACAGUGGCAGCAAUGCAGUGGUCAUUCCUCUGGAGGUGGGAGAUAACGUCUAUGUGGAGUUACAGGCUACCAGGCUGGUCCAUGAUGACAUCAUGAACUACAACACCUUCAGUGGCUUCCUGCUCUUCCCCAUGUAAACAUUGAACACAUUUCAACAGCUAAAAUGGUUGAAAUUACUUCAUUUAUUUAUACUAAGGGUUGUAUUCAAUCCGUAUCGCAGAAGUUCCGCGUUGUAGCCCGAUUGCCUUUAAAUGUCAGUGGCAACUGCAUUUACAGCAAACCGGCUCAAUUGGAAAUUACAUUUAAAUUUCAAGCACGCGCAACGCAGAUUUUCAGCGAUAGGGAUUCAAUCCUGCCCUUAAAUUAGUAGACAUAAAAUAGUAAUCUGUAGCACACAGUGUAAUUCUAAGAUGAAUUAUAAAACCAGUUAAAUCAUGUGGGGGGGGGGGGGGUAAAAAGAGGUCAAACAAGAAUGUAAACUGGACUCUUAGGGGUGUAAGUCAUGCUGUGAAAUUAUAUGCUUUCGGUCUUUUAUUGUCACACUUUCCACAAGGCUGCUGUUCCAUCACAAGACAAACUCUUUUUCAAAAGAAUGUGUCAUCUGGUGGACAUAACUGUAAAAAAUUAAAAGCCAUUAGAGGCAACUAUAAAAUGUUUGUACAGUAACGGUUCACUGAGAAAAAUAAAAAAUAAUUCCAAAUUCA